GUACCUUGACCCUGUACAUUUUAACUUCCUGCUUCUUUGUGAAUGGAUCAAAGAGGGCAGCUCAAUUCUUGUUGGAAUAUCAUAUAUAUAUAUAUGUGUGUGUGUGUGUAGACCAUGUACUCGAUAUAUAUAAGUUUGUUGGAAGUCUCGUAUAGUACAGUAACUACUGCUUAAAACUCAGUUCCUAGUUUGAACUACUUGCAACCACAAUCCAACUAUUUAUGAGUUGUCAAUAACAUGGCAGCAGUAGCAAAUUAUCUCGAAAUAUGUGAAUGCAAUUUAAGAAGUAUCACAUUAUUAUGUGUAUAUUCUUCAACUUCGAUCACCUUUAUGGGGUUGAUGAAACGAGGGAAUCUAUUUGCAAAUAUCCUAGUUGAACACAUCAACAAGUUCGGACUUUAAACAAAUUCCAAGUUACCUUGGUAAAAUACCAAAUUAUAUGGGAUACUCAGAUGAUAAUUUUGGAUCCGUAAAUUUCCCUAAUGUAACUUGUGGUUUAUUUGGAUCUAGAUUUGUUCAUGGCUGCUUGUGUUCUAGGUUCUCAGUUUAACUUUCAAGAAAUAGCAGGCAAUUCAUCCAGUGUGGAUAAAUACUUGGAUAUUUUACAGUCCAUGCAGUUUUUUUUUCCAUAACAGCACAUGUUAUCUUAAACUAAACCAUACUCAUUUAGUGCGUGGCCUUUACUUUCACUUCUUUGUAUUACCUGCCUUGUUUUAUACGAUCAAUAAACUUAAUUACACC